CGUUCCUGAACAUUUUUGUUUUCUCUUGCAUUUCUUGAAAGGAAGAUAGCAACAUUCCCUCUGCAAAUUUCUAUUAUUCAGAUCAUCUAAAAUUCUGCGAUGGAUCAAACGAGAGCGCAUGGAAGCAUUCAGAUGCUGCUUAGCGCAGAACACGAGGCUCAACAGAUUGUGGCGGAUGCUAGAAACUUGAAAUUGGCACGGUUGAGGCAGGCGAAGGAGGAAGCGGAUAGGGAAGUCGCCAAGUACAAGGCCCAAAUGGAAGCCGAGUACCAAAAGAGUGUUUCUGAUUCUUCUGGGAGCUCGGAUUCGACAGUGAAAAGGCUGGAGGUGGAGACGGAGGCGAAGAUUAAAAGCUUGAAGGAAAUUGGAGGGAAAGUAUCCCCUGAGGUUGUGAGAAUGCUUCUCAAGCAUAUAAUUGUUGUCAAAUCUUGAUGUGUAAGGAUGAGGGGUUUUGAUAAACAAGUUCUAUGGAACUGUCUGGGAUUAUUUUAAUUUCUUCAUAAAAUUGUAGUUUUGUUGAACUCUGCUAGCUAGCAUAGGCUUUCAAAUGCUGUGUUGGAAUCAUAUUCAACAAUAAAUUGAGCUAAGUGUAGGAUUUUUCAAUACUUAUGUCAUGAUCUUUUGGUCUCUUAUGACCUGCAAUUCUAAUUGAAAUUUAUCAAAUAUAUUAGUACA